GACAGAAUAACAAUUCGCCACGUAUGAUAACGGCGGAUUCUCGUUUUUUUGGCAAAGGACGUUUUACCCUUUUCUCUCAAAAGACGACAUCGUUUCUCUUCAACGAGCUGCCAUUUCCGAUUUGAGGGCUGUAGUACGGUGCACUUUCGUUUUAUCAAAUGACUUAAUUAAUAUUAUCGCUGUUCUGAAUUCAAAAUGUGAUGUCAAAUUAGGGUUUAUAAUUACUGUUUAAUUCGAAUUUUUAAUCUAUUUUUUACAGAAUUUUUUACAUUUUGGUUGAACAAAUUCCAACUACAAUGCUGAAGUAAAAUUUGAAAUUAAAUAACAUAAAGUUGCUUUCUAUAGCAAUUCUGAAUGACCUGUAAGAUCACAUUUUCCUUGUUUAUUGGGUUUAUUUUUAUUAAAGAAUGUGUAGUCUGUAGAUAGAACCAGUCUUGCCCAUUUCACUAAGUUAUGCGUGAGCUCAAUGCUUGUUAGAAAUUAAUAAAAAAAUGUCAGUUUUGGUUGACUAAUUCUGAAUGUCCUUGUUGUUGAACCACUGUUCCAAAUUCUUGGGCUCUAAGCAAUGGAAAUGCCUCUGCUCUAUAUAAUGUACCAACAGAUGAACCAGAAUAUGCACCCACAAGGUGAAAUAAGAGCAAGGACAUCCUUCUUUUCGAAAGUUGCUGGAGUAAUCCACUACCUUUUUGUGCUCUACAGCUGCGAAAGAAGGACGAGAAGUUGCAAGAGCAAUUGGAUAGUCAGAUAUGGAAGCGGAAAAUAGCUUACGCGGUAAUACCUGUGAGGCCAGCACAUCGAAAAGCCAGGAAGAGGAGGAGAAGCGAAAAGGAAAUGGAGAAACUAAUGCAGUUCCAUUUCACAAGCUCUUUACAUUUGCAGAUUCCUUUGAUGUUGCUUUGAUGAUCAUAGGCUCAAUUGGUGCUAUCGGGAAUGGAAUAAGCCUGCCCCUGAUGACAACGUUUUUUGGGGAUACUGUUGAUGUUUUUGGAAAUAACCAGAAUAACAAUGAUAUUGUGCAUGUAGUCUCCAAGGUGGCUCUAAAAUUUGUCUACUUGGGAAUAGGAACCGCCGUAGCCGCAUUUCUCCAGGUGGUCUGUUGGAUGGUAACAGGGGAGCGACAGGCUGCUAGAAUAAGAGGUUUAUAUUUGAAAACUAUACUGAGACAAGAUAUUGCUUUCUUUGAUAAGGAAACAAACACUGGAGAGGUUAUCGGUAGAAUGUCCGGUGACACUGUUCUUAUACAAGAUGCUAUGGGAGAAAAGGUUGGGAAAUUUUUGCAGCUUGUAUCAACGUUCAUUGGAGGAUUUGUAGUAGCAUUUGUUAAAGGGUGGCUUCUUACUGUUGUCAUGUUGUCCACACUGCCCCUGCUUAUUCUGGCUGGUGCACUUAUGUCUAUCAUGAUGGCUAGGGUAGCAUCUCGUGGUCAAAAUGCCUAUGCAAAAGCAGGAAUUGUAGUUGAGCAGUCUAUUGGUUCAAUCAGAACGGUUGCAUCAUUUACCGGAGAGAAGAAAGCCAUAAGUAAUUAUGAGAAGUUUCUUGUUGCUACUUACCACUCAGGUGCUCACGAGGGCUUAAUUACUGGACUGGGUCUUGGCAUAUUUACCUUCAUCGUGUUCUCUAGUUAUGCGCUUGCUAUUUGGUUUGGAGGGAAGAUGAUAGUGGAAAAAGGAUAUACAGGUGGCGAAGUGAUUAAUGUGCUUUUUGCUGUGUUGACUGGUGCCACGUCCCUAGGGCAGGCAUCUCCCUCCAUGAGUGCAUUUGCUUCUGGCCGAGCUGCAGCCUUUAAGAUGUUUGAAACCAUUGGUAGAAAGCCAGAGAUAGAUGCUUAUGAGAUGAGUGGAAAGGUAUUGGAUGACAUCCGUGGAGAUGUAGAGUUAAAGGAAGUAUAUUUCAGUUAUCCAGCUAGACCCGAUGAGCAAAUUUUUAGUGGAUUCUCUCUUUUUAUACCAAGUGGCAUGACUGCAGCUUUGGUUGGACAAAGUGGAAGUGGGAAAUCAACAGUUAUUAGUCUAAUAGAGAGAUUUUAUGAUCCACAAGGUGGUGAAAUUCUCAUUGAUGGCAUCAAACUUAAAGAGUUUCAGCUAAAGUGGAUUAGGGCAAAGAUUGGACUUGUCAGCCAAGAACCUGUGCUAUUUACAUCCAGCAUUAGGGAUAAUAUUGCAUAUGGAAAAGAUGGAGCGACCACUGAAGAGAUAAAAGCUGCUGCUGAACUUGCCAAUGCUGCUAAAUUCAUUGAUAAACUGCCUCAGGGUCUAGACACUAUGGUUGGUGAGCAUGGAACACAGCUUUCUGGUGGACAGAAGCAGCGAAUUGCAAUAGCAAGAGCAAUCCUAAAAGAUCCACGAAUCUUACUUUUGGAUGAAGCUACAAGUGCACUUGAUGCAGAGUCUGAAAGAAUUGUUCAGGAGGCAUUAGAUAGGAUUAUGGUCAAUCGGACAACAGUCAUUGUUGCCCAUCGUCUGACUACCGUUAGAAACGCUGAUAUGAUUGCUGUCAUACAUCGCGGGAAGAUGGUUGAGAAAGGUUCACAUUCUGAACUACUUGCGGAUUCUGAUGGAGCAUACUCUCAACUUAUAAGGUUGCAAGAAGUAAAUGAAGAUUCAGAACAAGCUGUAGAUGUGCAUAAAAGAUCAAACAUUUCUUUGGAGUCACAGAAUAGUCAAAGAGUAUCAUUUCAACGAUCUGUUUCAUUACAACGAUCAGUUUCAUUGCAUCGAUCUAUCAGUCGGGGAUCAUCUGGUGGCGGAAAUAGCCCUCAUCAUUCAUUAUCAGUCUCAUUUGGUUUACCUACAGUAUUUAAUAUGUCUGCGAAUUCCAUAGUAGAACCAGAAGUUUCUCCACAACAAAACCAAACUCCAGAGGUCCCAAUUCGCCGCCUUGCAUCUCUUAACAAGCCUGAGAUUCCAGUGCUUAUAGCUGGAUCCAUAGGUGCAAUCGUCAAUGGUGUAAUAUUUCCUCUUUUUGGUAUAUUAAUUUCUAAAGUGAUCAAAGCUUUCUUUAAACCACCUCAUGAAUUGAGGAAAGAUUCGAAUUUCUGGGCAAUCAUAUUCACGGUAAUUGCCAUAGUCUCAUUUUUGGCAUGUUCUACACAAAUGUACUUUUUUGCUGUGGCUGGGUCAAAGUUAAUCCAGCGGAUCAGAUCAAUGUGUUUCAAGAAGGUGGUUUAUAUGGAGGUUGGUUGGUUUGAUGACCCUGAGAACUCGAGCGGUGCAAUUUGUGCUAGACUUUCAGCAGAUGCGGCAUCAGUGCGUUCUUUAGUUGGAGAUUCACUAGCUCAGAUGGUUCAAAACAUUGCCUCAGCAGUAGCAGGUCUCGUUAUUGCCUUCACCGCAAGUUGGCAACUAGCGUUUAUUAUUCUGGCAAUAAUUCCUCUUGCAGGACUUAAUAAUUAUGUUCAAGUGAAGUUCUUAAAAGGUUUCAGCGCAGAUGCAAAGAUGAUGUAUGAAGAAGCAAGCCAAGUAGCAAAUGAUGCAGUUGGGAGUAUAAGAACUGUUGCCUCUUACUGUGCAGAAGAGAAGGUGAUGCUACUGUACAAGAAGAAAUGUGAAGGCCCUCUGAAGACAGGCAUAAGGCAAGGGCUUAUCAGUGGAAUAGGGUUCGGAGUAUCAUUCUUCUUAUUGUUUUCUGUCUAUGCAACCAGUUUCUAUGCUGGAGCUCGAUUGGUGGAGGAUGGCAAAACAACAUUUUCAGAUGUUUUUCAAGUUUUUUUUGCUUUAACUAUGGCUGCUAUGGGAAUUUCUCAAUCAAGCUCCUUUGCUCCUGAUUCCUCCAAGGCCAAGACUGCAGUUGCUUCCAUUUUUUCAAUUUUAGAUCGAAAGUCAAAAAUAGAUCCUAGUGAUGAGUCAGGGACGACAUUAGAUAAUGUCAAAGGAGAGAUUGAGCUUCGUCAUGUAAGCUUUAGGUAUCCAUCUAGGCCAGAUAUUCAAAUUUUCCGAGAACUGAGCCUGUCUAUUCAUUGUGGCAAGACUGUGGCUCUAGUUGGUGAAAGUGGGAGUGGAAAAUCAACAGUCAUCUCAUUGUUACAAAGAUUUUACGAUCCGGAUUCUGGCCAUAUAACUCUAGAUGGAGUAGAAAUUCAGAGUCUCCAACUCAAGUGGUUGAGACAGCAGAUGGGGCUUGUGAGCCAAGAACCCGUAUUGUUUAACGAUACAAUCCGUGCCAACAUUGCAUAUGGGAAGGAUGAGAAUGCAACAGAGGCAGAAAUCUUGGAUGCAUCGGAGUUGGCCAAUGCACAUAACUUCAUCAGUAGCUUACAACAGGGAUAUGACACUCUUGUAGGAGAGCGAGGAAUCCAACUCUCUGGCGGACAGAAACAAAGGGUAGCUAUAGCUCGUGCCAUAGUAAAAACUCCAAAGAUACUGCUACUAGACGAAGCAACCAGCGCACUGGAUGCUGAAUCUGAGAAAGUGGUCCAAGAUGCAUUAGACCGGGUAAUGGUGAACAGGACAACCGUUGUUGUAGCUCAUCGUUUAUCUACAAUCAAGAAUGCAGAUGUCAUCGCAGUGGUUAAAAAUGGUGUUAUUGUCGAGAAAGGAAGGCAUGAGAAUUUGAUCAAAAUCAGUAAUGGUUUCUAUGCUUCUUUGGUGGCCCUUCACAUGUCUGCCUCAACAGUAUAAAAUCCUAGCAAUUUCUUUUUCCCUUUACAAUGGUGUUGCUGAUGAGUAGCUGUAUUUUCUUUUCACACAAUAGUAAUAUGCAAAUCUUCAAAUGAUAUGGUACAACUAGUAUAGGUAAAUAAUAUUCUUGGGUUAUUGCCAUUUUUAAUUGGCAAAUUAUUUUAUGUUAA